UUGCUGUAAAACCAUAAAGAGCACUCAGAAUGGAGGGAACGUGUUGAAUGAAGGACAGAAGUGAAGAGUCCUUCAGAGAGGAGCUGGAUGUGUUGAUUCAGGAGCAGAUGAAUAAAGGAGGAAGCUCCUCUAAUCUGUGGGCUCUUAGACAGAUCGCAGACUUCAUGGCCACUCACGGAUCCCCGGCCUCGCUGCCCGUCUCUCAGUCCACCGUGAGCAUGGUGACCCCCAUUAACGAUCUGCACGGAUGGGACCCGGGCUCCAUGGUGAAGGGCGAGAGACUGAUGCGCUGCAAACUGGCCAGUGUUCACCGUCUGCUGGAUCUGUACGGCUGGACACAGCUGCCCAACACCUGCCUCACAGUAAGAAACGCCUUCGGUCAGCAUGCCAAGACUCACGCAUUACAAGUAAUUGUUCACCGUCUGCUGGAUCUGUACGGCUGGACACAGCUGCCCAACACCUGCCUCACAGUAAGAAACGCCUUCGGUCAGCAUGCCAAGACUCACGCAUUACAAGUGAAGGUGAAUAUUCUGGGCGAGGUUGUGGAGAAAGGCAGCACUGCUCUGGGAGUGGAUCUGUCUGCGUUUGCUCUGCAUUCUGCCGUCUAUUCAGCUCGACCGGACAUCCGCUGCCUUCUGCACCUCCACACUCCAGCCACGGCUGCGGUAUCAGCCAUGAAAUGUGGCCUUCUGCUGCUAUCCCAUGAGGCUUUGCUGGUGGGCGAUGUAGCUUAUUAUGACUAUAAUGGAGUGAUGGAGGAAGAAGAGGACAGAGUGGAGCUCCAGAAGAGCCUCGGCCCGACAUGCAAGGUGCUGGUGUUGAGGAACCAUGGCAUCGUGGCACUGGGAGAGUCAGUGGAGGAGGCCUUUUACACAAUCUACCACAUCCAGACCGCCUGUCAAAUACAGGUGGCAGCACUGUGCAGCGCUGGAGGAGAACAGAACCUGAUCAUGCUGGACCGCAGCGUUCACCGGCCCGUCGCCACAGGCACUGUGGGUUGGGCCGGAUCCACCUUCGGCCCCAUGCACAAGAGCAGGCUGGGAGAACAUGAGUUUGAAGCAUUGAUGAGGACGCUGGACAAUCUGUGGCAGAAGGCCGAGGAAAUCAUGCAGGGCAGUGGAUGGGCCAUUAAGAUAGAGAAUCCAAACCAGUUUGUCCCUCUGUUCACCAACCCACAGGAGGUGCUUGAGACUAGAAAUAAGAUACGGGAGCAGAAUCGCCAGGACAUGAAAACAGCCGGACCUCGGUCUCAGGUGUUAGCCAGCGUCAUCACAGACAACAGUCCACCGACUCCAGAAGCUGUGGGGCCUCCAUCCGCUCCGGAGCCGGAGACUCCGAACCCCUUCAACAAACUGACGGAUCGGGAGCUGGAGGAGUACCGCGAGGAGGUGCAGCGCAAGCAGGACGGUGUGGAGGAGGUAGUGAAUGACACGGGGGCCUCCCCCACAAAGACCCCACUGUCAGAAGCGGUGCAGAACGAUAAAGGCGAUGAAAAGAAACAGCAGGAGGAGCUAGAAAAACAAAUGAAGGCACUAUCCACCACUGACACGCCCUCGGCCCCGCCCCCGACUCCGCCCACUGCCCCGCCCAACAAACCCGCAGGCCACACCCCAGAGGUCUCGCCUUCCAAAUCUCCAUCCAAGAAAAAAAAAAAGUUCAAAGCUCCCUGUUUUCUAAAGAAAAGCAAGAAACAAAAAGAGAAAGCAGAAUCUUGAACUCUUACAGACAAGCGUUCUUCACUAGUACUUCACACACAAACACAUCUCCACAUCCAGUCAGACUCACUGUGUGUCCAUUUACUGACCUUCACAUGCCAUACGAGUUGUGUACGCGAUGCAAAUUUCACAAUGCUUCACUGAUGCACAUUGAAUAUGUGACCCUUCCCUUGCUUUAAAAUGAAUUGCACUGAGUACAUGCGUAGAAAAAAGAAUGUGGCACUGAGUAAGCAUUGAUUGUUCAUGUCUAUCGAUUCUGAUUGUUGCUCAUUAUCAUGUUUAUAGAACUACAUGUGGCAUUUUUUUAACUAUCAUAAGCAUCUCCAUCUCACUUUGUUGUGAAUAGCAGGGAUGAACUAAAUGAACAUGCACUGGAAAUCAUGAUUGCGAUGGCUUGCUAAUAAUAAACAUCAACAGGCCAAAAUAAGCAAGAUCAUGGCUUGAUGCUGCAAAGAAAAUCCAACUUUAAAUG